GCCUGAGCAUCGCUCAUGCAGGCGCCGUGCACUUGUCGAGUGCCCCAGCCGGGCAGUGCAUGCACAGAGGAGAGGGAGAGGAGCCUCUCUUCUAAAUUUAACUCGAAGCAAAGUCAACCACUCGCUUUUUUUUCCCCCUCUCUCGUUUGUGUUUGCUUCUUUUGCUCACCGUGGGAGCUCCGGAUUGGAGGCCCCGCCUCAGAACAUAAACAGAGGUGCUAUGGAGGGUCUUUAUUUCGAAGUGAAACCCAGGACUACAAGUACAUAUGUGGAUGCUAAGGAGGAGUCACCGGAGGUGGAGGAGGUCCAAUACAAACUGACAUUAAUCGGUUCUCUCCCGGUCCACCGUAUGACCACUAUGCCGAUGCUUCCCUGGGUGGUGGCCCAGAUUAGCCGGUCUCAGCCCCUGCCGGGUCAGGCCGUGUCCCUAUUCGUGUCGCCAUCAUGGAUGCGGUGUGUUCUGCAGUGUGCCGAGGACGCCGUGUGGGACCCCCUGACGCACACGGUGCUGUUUGAGUGCCAACCUCAUCAGGUGACCAAGCUCAUUCACAACAGCCAGGAGCCCAGCAGCUUUGGUUGCCUGCUCAGAGAUGCUCCAUGCUGUGCCUGCUACGUCUUCAGGUGUCAGGAUAGCACCAAGGUCCCUGAGAUCAUAAGUACCCUCAGGCAGGCUGGCAAAAGCUCCGCCCGCAACGAUGACAUGCCCACCAUUCCCAACAAAACUUCACCAGACCCCGGAGGCACCAAGCCGUCUGAAGCUUGCCUCAAUUUACCUUCCCUUCCCGCAGCAGGUUCUGUGGCGAACCCUGCCCUGUCCCCAACGACCUUUGCCAAAAAGUUUGAGGUGCUAUUUUGCGGCCGUGUGAGUGUCGCUCACAAAAAGGCCCCGCCUGCACUAAUUGACGAAUGCAUUGAAAAGUUUAGCCAGAUGGCUCAGGGCUCAGGGACCACUAAAAGGGGGGUAAACAGCAGCGGGGGGUUAGUUGGUGGGCUUAAGAGGGCAUUAUCCUUCCAGUCCAAUGGACUGGGUAGUGCCGCAGUAGGGAACACUGCUACCGGGAGCCCCACCAACGGGAAACGACCACUCCUGUUCAAACGAGAUCCCAGCUUCCCCUCUCUGCAGGCCUUGGAUGAGAAUGGACUCUCACCAGAGAUCUCUCAUGCCAACACUACUGAUACCAACGCUCGUUCGCCCGGAGUGCAACCCACCAGCCUGCAGGAGAACAGGACCAUGCUGUUCACGGUGGGGAGGUCACAGAUCUUUUUGGUCAGUCCGGACACUAAGAAGGUUGCAAUUGAGAAGAGUUUCCGUGAAAUCUCUUUCUGCUCACAAGGUAUUCGCCAUGUGGACCACUUUGGCUUCAUUUGCAGGGAGACAGUGGAAGGAGGAAGCUGCCACUUUGUUUGUUACAUCUUUCAGUGUACAGAUGAAUCACUGGUGGACGAGAUCAUGCUGACCUUGAAGCAGGCGUUUUCCAUAGCAGCUGUGCAGCAGAAUGCAAAAACCCAGAGCCAGCAGUGUGACAGCUGCCCCAUGCUACAGCUCCACAGACUGUGUGAGAGAAUAGAAGGUUUAAAUGCAUCGAAAACCAAGCUGGAGCUUCAGAGACACCUGGCUACUCUGGAUAACCAGGAUCAAGCUGCUGUCUUUGAAAACACAAUGAGGUCUCAUGCUAAGAGCGAACAGGAGGAAAAUGAGCUUAUUGUAUCGUCUUUGAGGAAUUUGUAUGAAGAGAGACAGAGGAUCCAUCAGCACACAUUGCCUAUGGACACCAAACAGAAUGAGGAGGCACCUGCUGCUCCUGUUGAGGUGCAGCAACAAAGUAGCAGUCGCCAGCGUCUGGAACAGUUCAAGAGUCGAGCCAAGCGCUCUUUAACCGAGUCCCUAGAGGGCAUCUGGAAGGGAAGCACCAAGGCCAUCACUCAGAAGGGCAACAGUGAAAGAAGCAAUAGUGUUUCCUCCAUUUCUUCUGUCAUUGGCCAGGACCAGUCACGCUUAGAUGACCCCCUCCCUGCUCCUACCCAGCUGCAACCCACCAGCCCACUCAGGUGCCACAACUCAACAGGAGACCUGAAGCAGCUUAACUCCUCACCUUCCCCUUCUCCCUCUCCUGUCUCCUCUUCACUGGGUGACGGUCAGUCGCAGAGCUUUCGCAAACGAGCCAGCACCUUCAGCCAUCCCUGUACUCCCACCUCAGAAGAUCAUUUACCAACGCGCACUUUAACCUACACGCCACAGCAGGACCCCACCGCCGCUUCAAAGCCCAAGCUCUUACGACACUACUCUGUCAGCACCGACAGGCCUCACCAGAGCAAACACACACCAUCCGACACUGCCCUUCCUCCUGUUCCUAACUGCUUGUCAUCCUCUUCUCUUCUGCUCCCUCCUUCCUCCCCUUCAACCAGAGCAAGGCUCAGUAAAAGACGUCCUCUGGGUGGACUUCGUGCUCGACUCCACUCCUCCUCCUCUGUUCCUAAUUUUUUGAAAUUUCAAUUCCUGGCCCCUGUGCAAGAAAACGACUGCCCAGAAAGAAAAAGCAGUGAUGUAGCAGCCCCCUACAUGUCAAGUGCAGAAUAUGAAGUUGAGGAAAGCCCUCUGCGCCACCGCCACUCGUGGAGACAACAGAUAUUCCUGCGAGUCGCUACACCUCAGAAAAACCAAGAUAUUAACGAGCGUGGAGACCCUCUAGAUGGGAUUCUUGUGUGUGGGGGCCAAGCACUAGGUCCAGGUAGUGUGGACUCGUCUAUGAGAGCGGUGCCCGAAGAGAGGACAAGAAGGAGCAAAGAGGAGCUGAGGGAACUAUGGAGGACAGCCAUCCUACAGCAGAUCCUCCUGCAGAGGAUGGAGCGAGAGAAUCAGAAGCUACAAGCUUCAGAAAGUGACCUGCAAAACAAGCGGCUCAAGUUGGACUAUGAGGAAAUCACUCCGUGCCUGAAGGAGGUCACUCUGGUCUGGGAGAAGAUGCUGGGAACUCCUGGAAGGGCAAAGGUCAAAUUGGACACCGAAACCAUACAUGCGUCUGUUGCACAAGGUGUCCCAAGGCAGCAUCGAGGCGAGAUCUGGAAGUUCCUAUCGGAGCAGUACCUGCUCAAGCAGACUGUCCCCUCUCGGCCGCCGACCAAUGACGCACCAUACAAAGAGCUGCUCAAACAACUCACCUCGCAGCAGCACGCCAUCCUCAUUGAUCUGGGUCGCACUUUUCCCACUCACCCCUAUUUCCAAGCCCAGCUUGGGGCCGGACAGCUGUCUCUGUAUAAUGUCCUGAAGGCCUACUCGCUGCUGGACCCUGAGGUCGGGUACUGCCAGGGCUUGUCCUUCAUCGCGGGAGUGUUGCUGUUACACAUGGGGGAAGAAGACGCCUUCAACAUGCUCAAAUUUCUCAUGUAUGACGUUGGCCUCCGCAGACAGUAUAGACCUGAUAUGAUUAUCCUGCAGAUUCAGAUGUACCAGCUGUCACGUCUGCUACAUGACUAUCACCGGGAUCUGUACAGCCACCUGGAGCAGCAUGAGAUUGGUCCUAGCCUGUACGCCACGCCAUGGUUCCUCACUGCCUUUGCCUCGCAUUUCCCCCUUGGCUUUGUGGCCAGAGUCUUUGAUAUGUUGUUUCUGCAGGGGCCAGAGGUCAUCUUCAAGGUGGCCCUGAGUCUCCUUGGAAGCCACAAGCCACUGAUUCUGCAGCACGACAGCCUGGAGUCUAUUGUGGACUUCAUCAAGACCACGCUUCCCAACCUGGGCCUGGUGCAGAUGGAAAAAACUAUCAUCCAGGUUUGUGCGAUCGAUGUGUCCAAGCAGCUUCAGGCAUACGAGGUGGAGUACCACGUCUUGCAGGAUGAGCUCCUGGACACGCCCCCGACCCUCAAUCAACACCAGCGAGCUGCACAGCUGGAGAGGACCAAUCAGAGCCUGCGACAGCAGAACCUUGAUCUACUUGAGGAGUUGCAGGUGUCGUAUGCUCGAGUAUGCAGCCUAGAGACUCGCGUGGCAGCGCUGGUGCAGUCAGACGGUGAGCUGAGGCAGCAGGUUAGUGCACUGGAGCAGGAGAAGCUACAGCUGGUGAGCACGGCCACGCGUCUACAGGACCUGCUCUCCAGCCUUGGCAUCAAAACCACCCCUGAUGGCUUCUGUCUGCCUCCGCCUGCUGUGGAGAUACACACCCCUGUAGUCACAGCGGGGGCCAAGGUGGGUAUACAAACAGAACAGGACUGCCGGACUUUGGAAAACCUGCGCCGCCCUGUGAUAUUAGUGGAAAGGAAGGUCAAUGGACAAGGAGAGACUUUGACAUGACUCCCAAGCUCGACUUUUAAGUCCUUGAUUUCAACUGAAAGCCCCUUUCAUUAAAAGAGGACCAGAGAGAAUGAAAGUAAAAGUCAUGCCUCUUGUGUGAUAAGCUAGCAUCUGUCCCAAAGAUGGCCCUUGUCCCCAUGGGUCUCACAUUAUUAGCACUUGGACUUGAGUCUCUGUCACAAGAUUUAUUCCCAAAGAACAUCAAGUGAGAAUGUGAACCAGUGAAGAACUCCACAAGUAAAACCAUGUUUGGAAACUAAAGAAAGGUAGAGGAAAAUGAUCCAUUUGACGUAGACCUUAUCAGUUUUUGGUCUCAACAAAACUUUUGUUUGUUUUAAUAUGUGCUUGUGCCUUCCAGUUUGCCAAAGUAGACCUUCUUACCUGAAAUUACUGUACCUCUCGUUUGGGAACCUUUACUGUAUUAGACACACUGUAUUCCUUCUACAAGGCCUGCAGCUUCAAGUGAUGUAUAUGCAAGUGUGCAUGUGUGUGUGUGUGUGUGUUUGUGCACUGGUUGCAACAAAUCUAUUCAAUUUAUGCUGUAAGAUUUUAUCCCACGCACAUGUUAUGUUUUAUUUGAAAUGAGUAGUAUUGCAAUCUAUACUUUAAAUAUAUAUUCCAUAUCCUUUCUGAAACCUGUAUUUUUGUUGCGUUUGUGUGUUAAACAACUUCACAGGUGUCAUCGCACACACUUAAAGAUGAUGUUUGCGCACCUCUUGUCUAAACAUGCCAAGCUACUUUAAACACUACGUGCUUGAUAUAAUGAUUGAACAUACGGCAAUAUACAGCAUUUAAAGAACAAACAUGCACUUGUUUCCAGGAACUCCUCUCUCGUGGUUAAGGAGGGGGGGAAAAAAACCUGCCAAGACAAGUUGUGUCUCUUUGUUCGUGUGUGCGUCUGUGCACGUUGCACAACAAAGUGUGCCAACAAAAUGCAUCAAAAACAAAGGUUUAGAAAGUAAAGAAAAUAUUGUCAACUGGCACUUAGGACAAGGAUUACCUUUGGAGGUGAAUUGGAUGACCUCAUGCAACCUCCCCACAGGCCAGACUAAGUAACUAUUAUAUUAUAUUACUAUAGAAAUUAAAUUUGGAUUGGUCUUAGGUUAUUUUCACACUGCAGGUCAAUUCUAAUUUGUUUGACUCAUAUUUGACCUGUAUCUGUAUACCGCUUUCUUCUUAAUCUCCAACAUGGAAUCAUUUGGUUAAAUAUUAAAAUAUUAUACAGUAUAUAACAUUUAAAUAUUCAUAUUAAAAUGUUGACUCCCAUUGCACAAAGUCCUCCGUAAACACACGAAAAUGCAUGUGACAUCAUUGAUACUUUUCUUUCACAUUUCGCAUUUUUGGUAGCUUUAGAGUAGUCGGUGUACAGCAAAUUCAUGUAUUUCAUAGUACAUUUCAGCUAUUGUGUCUUCCCAUGGGACAAUAGUAUAGGAAUGAAACUAGGAUAUAUUGUAACUUAAAAUAGUAAAGAUGAACGUACACACACAACAUACCUGUUUUUACUGCUACAAUAGACAUGUCAAACUCUCACACUAAGUAUACACUUCAAAGCACAUACUUAAAUAAUCCCUAAUGCAUUGUUGCCCUUAUGUUAGCCUGAUGCUAAUAGUAGUUACGAGCCUUUCAGUGAGUUCUAUUGCAACUUAUCUCACUAUUACAUGUGUGCAUUUUACAUCAUUCAUAUUAAACCCAACAUUCCGGCUGGAUGGAGAUUUUCAACAAGUACCAGCCAGCUAAAAGGACAUCUCACCUUUUUCUUUAUGCCAGACGCAAAUACAUAUGGUAAGGUAAACUGCCGGAUGUGCUGUGGCGCCACACACAGACCGUGCAACACUUGCUCAUCAUGUCAGUGAGCUCUGACUGCUAAAGAAUAAUGUCAUAAGUCGUUUCAGUUUGGAUGCAUGAUUGAUUGAUGUUAGGCUUGAGGUGAUAAGACUAAAAUUCUUGGCGGGAGAAGUGUGUGUCACCCUGGGCGUUUCACCUCGGCUGUGGAAAUGCAUGUUUCCUCAUACUUAGCAGACAUUGCAGUCUCACAUGUCAGAGCCGCUCGUUACCAUGUCGAUGCAUAAUGUUCCUAGAUGAACAUGUGCCGCUUUAAUACAGAUGCUGUAUAAUACUGAUAAUACAGGUGCUGCUGUUUAUUUGAAUGGCAUGACCAUUGUCAUUCUCUACGUCACAGCAAUACUAUGCAUGACUUUUUAAGCCAUAUAAUUUUUUUAAUUGAUAAACAUGCAGCCACACUGCAUGGACUAUGUCAGGGGUUCAUUCAGCACGUCUCACGUGAAUGUAGCAUGAAGAAAACAUAUCAGAUUAUUUAAAAAAAGUAAGACGCCUUAUUCCCCUUUUGCAUGCUUUUACUGCAAAAUGCAAUCCAAGGGCAAAAUAUGGCAAUAAUUCCAGAUGCAGACAAACUUGUUCAUGUUUUUGUGACAUCCAGGUUGAAUUAUUGUAAUUCUGUUGCCCUAAAAGAUCAUUCAAUUGGUCCAAAAUACUGCUGUCCGAAUCUUAACCAGAACCGUAUUAGUGUUAAUUAGUUAGUAGAAUUUGAAUUUUUUAAAGCACUAAACGAGCAGGCACCAGUUCAUCUCACAGAGCUUCUAGAAAAUUAGUUCUCAGGCUUAAUACAAGGGGGGGCAGACAACCUCUCCCUGUUUAAAAGUCAACUGGGGAGUAAGGGGAGUAAGGGUGUCUGCAACCAUAACAUGUUCUAUGAGAGGAGGCUCACAUUUAAAAAAAAAAAAAACUUUUUUUUUUUUUUACAAUGAUGUUUUAGUGUGAGUUGGUUCUUCUGGUUGCAGACCUGCAUAGCUUCAUACCGAGCAGCAGUUUCUAGUCAUUUGGUUGUAUUAUUAACAGCACAACAGCUUGAUCGAUACAGUAGCAGUACAUUGUCAUUUGGUUUCAUGCAUUAGACACGAAAGAGAAAAUUGUGUAAUAGUGAUGUCAUGUCUUGUUUUUUUUUUCUACCACCUUCCACGUGAACCAAAUCCACUUGAAAGUCGUCGUCAUGGCGACAAACGUUAAGAAUGUGGUGCAGUGGCAGACGGUGGAGGGUUGUUGUAGUGGCGUUGCCGAGUCACACACACACACACACACACACACACACACACACACACACACACACACGCA